UUUUCGAGUACCGGCGACAGUAGGGACCUAUCUAUUUUCUAGCCUGGCCCGUGGUAACGUCCCGUGCCAGGGACUUCAAGGUCAAGCUGCUUUGUCACAUGGGGGCAUAACGCCUUAACCGCGGGGUUGGUGGAGAGCGGUGAGUGGGAGAUCGGCGAUAAGAGACAAUGAAAAUUCACGUGGUGAGCUUGUGAUUGAGAAUAGGAGCUUAUGAUAUUUUUCUGCUAUGGUUGGGUGUUUGGACAGGAAAGAUGAUUGUGAUUGUGAAAGGGUAUCGGUAGUUGGUGAUGUGAGUGUCAAAGAAUCGUGCACGGUUGGGGAUGUUAGUUUAGAUCGCGGGGAAGACGGCAUUUGCUUUGUUUGCUGUGAUUUUAAGUUGGUUUGUCCCGUGUGGCUUGAUAGGUUAAAUGUAUGUUGUAUAGAUGUUUGUACAGAUAUAAGCUUUUGUAUUGUUAGAGCGUUGUUCUUGGCUGUUUGUAUACUACCAACCUUAACUCAGGAACAACAAACACAAAGAGACUACAGACUAUCAACGGGCGCUUGUGCCACCUACAUGUAGAUCAUGUCUCAAACGAUUUGUAUGCCGUUGAGUCUUUGUUUGAUAUGGGAUGUAUAUCGCGCUGGUAAUGCCGAAAGCGUGAGGCAUGAGGAGUGAAACUUACACCAAAGAAGCCUAGAAUAGAACUACAACGAGAUGUCAACGGUCUGAGCGGGAGUGUCCGAGAUGUUAUAGGCUAUCUGGCUUAGAGUAGCCGAGAUAGGACAGACUCGUGCUUUGAGUUACCUUUGUUUCAGAGACCAUGUCGAUGUCCGGUCCUGUUGUUCGCAUUUUGAGGGUAUACACAAACGCAGGUAUCCGGGUCUAAGAUUUAUACAACAUGGAAUUGAGACCCUCUAGAGGUCUGAGUUUAUUCUUG